ACAGCCAUCUUCUCUCAUAUAUAAAGCUCAAGAUGAACUCUCUUUUCUUGGUCAUUUUUCUCUCCCUCUUUUCUCAAUCAUGGUUAUCAUCUCAGAUUUCAUUGAUGUGAUCCUUUGUUUUGUAGGAAUCGCUUCUUUACUUAUAGAUUUUGUUAGUCUUUGCUGACAUCGAUCUCUUGAGCUCAAAGAAAAGAACUGCUUAGAUCAAGAAAGGCACAACUCCACAAGCAUUCGCCUUUUUUGUCAAGACUAGCUAUAUUUAUUUCAAGCUCUCGCAUAAAACACAGAAGCUUUUUUUUUUUUUUAUCAUCUUUUAUUGUUUUUAAAAAUUUUCCUGCAAUGAAGAGUCAAAAACAGAAUUUGAUGACUUCUUUUACGAAACCAUUCAACACCCAAUUUCAACUCGUGAAUGUUCUUUCUUAUUUCUUCUUGUUCUGCUGUGGUCUAGCCACAGGGGUGAUCCUUAGUUCCUAUCUCAAGAACAUAUCAUUCAAUUUCCAUGUUACCCAGUUCUCUGUUUCUGCUACUACAGCAAUACCACAAGCACCAUCAAUAAAGAAUGAGACAAGUGUACUGCCUCGUGUAGGCUUGAAAGAGUAUCUGAAAGUUCCUACUGAUGCUAAGCAUGAUAUGGAAGAUGAGGAAUUGUUGUGGAGGGCUUCAAUGGUUCCCAGGAUAAACCAAUAUCCAUUUGAUAGAGUUCCCAAGAUUGCCUUCUUGUUCCUGACUAAAGGUCCAGUUUUAAUGGCUCCACUGUGGGAGAAAUUCUUCAAGGGGCAUCAAGGAUUGUAUUCAAUUUAUGUGCAUUCAAGUCCGUCCUAUAAUGAAUCAUAUCCUGAAAGUCCUGUGUUUCAUGGCCGAAGAAUUCCCAGCAAGGAUGUUCAAUGGGGAAAAGUGAACAUGAUCGAAGCAGAGAUACGUUUAUUAGCUAAUGCACUUCUUGACAUCUCAAACCAGCGUUUUGUUCUCCUCUCAGAAUCAUGCAUUCCUCUCUUCAACUUCUCCACUGUCUACUCCUACCUAAUGAACUCUACCAAAAAUUUUGUGGAGGCCUAUGACUUAGAGGGUCCUGUUGGCCGCGGCCGAUAUAGCCACCACAUGAGCCCUGAAAUCACCAUUGAGCAAUGGAGGAAAGGCUCCCAGUGGUUUGAAAUGGAUCGACAACUAGCCCUUGAAGUUAUAUCAGAUCAAAAAUACUUUCCCAUUUUCCAGAAGUACUGCAAGGGUCCUUGUUAUGCAGACGAACAUUAUUUGCCAACAUUUGUGAGCAUGAAACAUGGGAAGAGGAACUCGAAUAGGACUCUGACUUGGGUAGACUGGUCGAGAGGAGGGCCGCACCCGACUCGGUUUAUAAGAACGGAGGUGACGGUGGAGUUCUUGGAGAGGCUAAGGAGUGGCAGAAAAUGUGAGUAUAAUGGAAAUAGCAGCACCACUUGUUUCUUGUUUGCAAGGAAAUUCAUGCCUACCGCUUUGGAUAGGCUGUUGAGAUUUGCACCCAAAGUCAUGCAUUUCAACAGAUGAUCAAAUUGAGGGAAUAACAAAAUUAUGUGAUCCUUUAUUCUUUAAUUUGUAUAAAUGUAUUAAUAUGAACUCCACAAGUAAGCAAGCAAGCUAAAACAAUCAAGUGUAAUUGCAGCUAUCAAUGUUUGUAGCUGUUAAUUUUCCAUUUUUGGUUUACUACAACCAUUAAAAACGUUUCUUCUACUCUGUUAA